AUGUCCCACCACCAACACUACCAGCGAGGCCCUCACGGCCGCACCUUGAGCUCUGAGGACCGGAGCUCCACAGCCAGCAACAAGACCUCCACACCGGUUCACAAGAGCGCCUCCUCCUCUUCAUCCUCCCAGAGGGACAGCCGGCAGGUAAUUGACUCGUUCUCACAUGAUGAUACCACACAAAAAUAGUUCACGAGGCAGCCUGGUUGUGAAUGAAUUUAACUCAAAGUUAUUUUGGGAAGAUUGAACAUUAUUGAGGGUCGUUGCAGUCCUCUGUCAGUGCCGUCUUCUGUGAGUCAUUUCAUUUAAGGAAAAUUAGGCCUGCCAAGAAAUAUCAAAUCAUGAAAAAUUAAUUCAGCAGCUUUAGUUUGUUCAACAAAAACAGUCAGGACAGUUUUGUAAUGACCUUGUCAGUCGUUAUGAAAUCAGCUGCCAGAACAGACAUAUCUCUGCAUCACCAUUUUAAAGAGAAGGAAAAACCCAACACAGUUUAUUAGAUUGUUUAUUCCAGCGCUGUCUCGACCAACAAUAAUGUGCUUAUUCAGACUGAGAGCAAACAUUCAUUGAUUAUCAACAUUUUUUCAAACCGAUUCUUGCAACAUUACAUUUUGAAUGCCAGAAACUUCCAGUGUUGUCUUAAAACCAGCAUGGGGGGAUGCAAGAAGUUGUCAGGUCUUAUAUCUCUACAAACCCUGCAUGAAUUUGUGCAGGAAAUGAUAACCUGCUGUUGUGACAUCCCCCAACUGCAGUUAUUUAGAAAGAUUUAUUUAUCUCUACACAGAUAUCUUCAUACAAGUGCAGCUGACAACAUAUUUUAAGGUCAAAUUUCAUCUUAGGUGGCAAAUCUGCUUGACUCUGUAGGCGCUUGCAUUCUGCCAUUUCAAGGCAGGAUAUUGAAGCUCCUGUUCUGCCUCAUCUGCGGUGUGAUGAUUUGGAGAAGUCUGAUCCUUGAAGGUGGUCACACAACACUUGGUUAAACUUUGAUUUCAAUUACGGCUCCCCAGGGUUAUAAAAGUAUGAUCAUUGAGAGAGGAGAGCAGGGAGAGGGACAGCAUGAUGAGAGAGAAGCUAACAAGCUAACGACAGCCGGGCUAAAAAGUGAAAGAUGUUUUUUUUUAAAUUAUAAUAAAAUUCAAACUUAAGACUUCAGAAAGGACGUUACACAAGAGCUCAUAAAGACUGAGUGUUUUGUUAGAUUCUAUCAGUGGUGAAAAAAAGCCGAAUUAUGGCCGAUAUUUUAGUGUGAAUGCCAAACAGUGACAGAUCUGGUAGAAAGGCUCACCGCCAAGAACCAACUAAUCUGGGGUGAAAAUCCAGUUUAAUCUGAUAGUUUCAGCACAGUUUAAAUGGCUCUAUUUUCAGCUGACCCUAUUAACCACUCAUAAUCCCUGAUAUACAGACCCACCCCCCGUAUUGAUAAAGUUAGAAGAAAAGAUGAUUAUCAGCUCUUUAGGGUGAGUUAGAUAGUUGGUAAGUAAAAACCGUGCAGAUGCUGAGAGAGGCUCUUGUACUUAAACUGAACCCAUGCAUCAAUCCCUCUGAAGCCCCCGUCUCUCUUUACCUCGCCGGGCUGCUGUGUCAUUGUGGUCGCUCAGGAACAGGACACCCAAACUGGAAUCUCUGACAUCACAGCUUUUCCGUCGGCACAGGCUGAUGAAUAUUUCAUGAGGGACAGGCAGAGGCUUGGUGCUCCACUGAGCAUGUGGCACGCUCUGGUGUGCUGUACGGGAGCGCAGCUUGUGAUGGCGCUCUGAAGGGCAGGACAAAAAAGAGAGCGUGUUUGAGAAAUGAGGCCUAUUUGAAAGUGCGUAGUUGAGAGUCUGCAGUUGGCCGAGGCAGAUGGUUAACCCUUUGUGCUCAUUGUCCCCAAUCUUCAAUGUCAGCUACCGGCUCCUGAUAAGAAGGUCUCCAUGGGUGAAAGGGUACAGUUUUUAAUUUCCCAGAUGAUCCAUUAUCUAAAAGCCUUCUUAAUCUGAGAGGGAGGUUAUCUAUUAGCCCUUCUUUUGUUAUUUGUGUCUUUGAAUGUGUUUAAUGAAGUCAGGUACUUGUCUAAGAGGCAGCCAUGAAGAUAAGAGAAAAUGUCUUUGUUAGUGGUUUUCUUUAAUUAUGCACACCCUCCUGAUCAAGACCUCAUGACUUAAAGAAACAGCAAACUAAACAUGAAUCAGAUUAUUGGUUAUGAACUUGGGAUGCACCAAUCCACAUUUUUUCACAUCCGAUCAGUUCUCUAUUCCUGAAUUUGGAUAUCCGCAGAUACUAUUCCGAUACCAGAGAUCUGUUAGCUUUACCAUCAUUAUUAUCAUUAUUGUUUAUUCAUUAUUAUCUUUCACCCUGUCUCCUGGAAGUUUAACUUGCUUUUGGUAUGACUCCAGAAGUAAUUCCCUGUGGCUCCUUUCCUCACUCGGUCCCCUGGCUAAAAAAAAUCCUUGCGCUCUUUCAUGUGGUGCUUUUUCAAAUGUUUGAUUACAUUUGAGGUAUUGUAUGUCGCGACGGAGAUUCCGCCUCGGAAUAACGACUUUGUAACAUUGCACGUUGCUGUCUUACUUUGCGGCGUUUCGACUGUUAAAUAUUUCCACACAGCGGACAUGUUGUGUGGAAAAGUUUGCUAGCCCUAGUGCUGCUCAGUGCUAGCCUGAUAGCUGCCUGGCUGCAAACUGCGGAGUGGAUUUCUUGAAUGGGGGAGUGUUUCAUCUCUGUGUCUCAUUGAGACAUAUCUCCAUUCAGGAAAUGCAUUCCGUAGUUUGCAGCCAGCUAGCAGACUGACCCGCAAUAAUCACUUGUACUGUCAUUUCAGCAGACAAAGGUAAAACAAAGACAUGACUUAUGGAUCGGAAAUUUUCGCAGGUUGGAUCCGAAAUUUCCAAUCCAUGAAUUAUGCUGAUAUCGGAACCUGAUACUUUUAUGAAUGUCAUACUGAACAUGUGUUUUUAUCAACCUCUGUGUUAUUUUUGAGAUGAAAAAGACAAAAGUGGAGUGUCUCUCACCCAGAGUAACCCAGAGGAAGCAGAGUUUACACUGACAGAGACUUUAGAGAGCUCGGCUGGACUCAAAUUGGGGUAUUUAGUUGGGGGCAAAUCCUAAUAAGAUCCAGCCCCCUUUAUAAAUCAAUACAUAUCAGUUUUCUGUCCACUGACAGCUACUGUUCACAGUGGAGACCCUCGUGAGAGCAAUUAGAGGCACCACCUGCAGUAAGCGCUUACUCCUUCGCUCUUCUCUCCCCCUCUCUUCCUCUCACAACAAAGACACACUCACACCCACUUUAAAACACACAAAAACACACAAGUUGACUCAGGAUGUUGCUACUCUAUCAAUUUUUCUUUUGCAGUUUGUAAUUUCCUGUUCAGAUAAGACGUUUUCAGCAAGAAUAGGAGCAAUCCUUCUCUGUCUUCGUGGAAAAGAAGACCCUUUUUAUCCCUAAAUCAGAUAAAUCAAUGAUUCAAUAACCAGAUCCUACCCGGUCUGAUAACGGCUGUUUUUCAUGCUAAUAACGUCAACAUAGAUGUCUCUUCUUUCUCGUCAGUCCAUCAAAAAUAUGAUCAAAAAGAUUAUUUAUUCAUCCUGUCUGUGGGCAGGUUAUCAUAGUUUCAGAUCAUCUCAUUUUCUCCACAAAAGACCCACUCAAAACAGAGGACAUGACUCUGAUAGAGAGAGCGGAGCUGGAGAAUGAAAUCUGCAAGGCACAAAACCAAAACACUGAGGCGGUUUUAAUCUUCCAAACCUCUCAAUAAAAUCAACCAAGUUAAUCUCUGUGCUCUGUGCCCGGUACGAGAAGAUUUAGGUUUAUUGCCUGAUGGAUAGUAGAAGAUAUCAGAGGCAGAAAAGAGUCUGAAGUCGGGGUCUACAGGGAUCAGUAUUCAUUUAAAAAAGGCCUGUCCAAUUUCUUCUUGAAGGAAAUACAUUCAAACAUACUUUGGGUGUAUUUAUCACCGUGUUUUAGUGUAUAUUCACCACAGUUUAAUUUGAAGGUGUUUUAUAUCAAACGUAUUAAGACAACAACAGCUAAAUAAUUAAAGGACAGGACCAGUUUGUCAUCUUAACUUCUAUUUUUAGGAUCAAGAAGACGAUUUUUUCUUCUUGUAAGCAUCUCAACAGGACUAAUUUUCCCCCUCGGCCCCCUCAGAUAUUUAAACAACAAACCUAAAAAAAAAACAGCAGUUGAAACAUCUAAACUCUUGGUCUGUAACUGCCUCUGUGGUGUUUACACAGAGACUGAGACUGUGCGUAUACACCGCCACCUCUUGAGGUGUCAACCUGUCAUCCAUGCGGCGGCCCACCUCCAGCUCUGAGCUUUACUGCUGAGCCGGACAGAUACUGCAGUGAAAUCCAUCCUUACAACACUAACAACACUUCCCCUUUGGUUAUGAGCCUUUGAGACAUCAGCGUCUGUGUGACUGUCUGUCGGAGAUGAGAUGGGAUGGUUUUUACAGCUGCUAUAACACAGUAUAUAUUUGCUCACAAGGAAAUCUAAUGUCGCAGUUUAAUUCCAUUGUGAUCGAGUUAUAUUCAAAGGGAAGUCUGACAGAGAAAAAAAUACACUGACAUGAAGAACAUGUACAGUACAUAUCAAAGAUAAUACAGUACAUACAGUCAGUCCAUCUAUUUCAUGAGCAUGACAAAUGUAAGUAUGAGUAACUGCAAACACAUUAAAAAAGUGCACCAAGAUGUUUGAAGGGAAAGUAAACAGCAUUGGAAUAAUGGAUAUUUCUUUACACAUGCACAGACCUGAAGCCUGACUCUAUUUUUAAAAGUUUAGGCUGCAAUAAGAAAUCUAUUUUACCAGUUUUGGCCUCCAGCAACCCCACUCAACCAUUUCUGUGUGAAAAAACACUAGACUGGUCAGUGUCUUCAGCAAGAAGAGCAGUAUUUUCAAAUUAGUUUAGUUUGUUUUGUUUGAAAAAACAAAAUUGUUCACUUGAGCUCAGGCCUGCAGAAAAGGAUUAUACAACAAACAGAUACCUAUUGAUCUGUAAAACGGUUAAAUUUUGUCUUCAAAUUUUUGAUUUUGCAAACAUAUCAAAACUUGGUGACAAUCAUCAAAAUGUAAGCAUGAAAAAAUCCUGAAACCAGAGAAACUUGAUUUGAUUGUUUAUCAAAUCUGAUUCUGUGUCAAAGUAAAAUUCAGCAGUUGACUUGCCAAAACUUUUUAGUAUUAAAUACAUAGUUUUUCCAAGCUCAUCACGUAACUUAUUCAAUGCCAAAAAAAUGGUUCCAGAACAGUUGCGAUGCUGUGUUAAAUGUUGAUAAAAAGUGAUUUUGAGGGUUUAUCAAACUGUCUGGUGCAUGGACUUUUUACUGUUGUAAAAUAUCUGCUCAUAUUAGAGUAAAUUUGAUGUCAGCAGCCCCUUUAAAAGAGGUUGUGAGAAACACUGUGUUGUGCCAAAAACAGAAACCUCUCAGAGGAACAUCUCUUGACCACUUACAUUAAUCUGCAGCAGGUUAGGGAGAUAAUCCAGAGAGGCUGAGUCAUUCAAUUAGUCGAAUUGUUUCAUGUUAAUAUCUUUGAGUAUUAAACUGAAAAGAACUGUGGAUGUGUUCAACUACAGUAUGUGAUAUUAUAAAAAUACACAGAAAAUCUGCAGGACCAUCUUCCCAAAAAGAAAACGCUCAAAAACCAACACUGGAUGGCUUUAAAUUCUCAGGCAGCAUUGAAACAGUCAUGACUCUGCAGUAGAAAUCACUGCAUAGGCACAAAAUCAUCUGAAAACACCGUUUAAGUUAAAAUUUAACCAUGCUGAAAGGGAAAUGAUAUGUAAACAUGAUCCAGCAACUUCUCUGCACCAAUAAAAGAUGGACUGAGGAGGAGUUAAAUAUUUUCCUGUGAUCUGAUAAAUCAAAAUCUGACUUCAUGGACACCAUGUCCACCAAGCUUGUAUUACAGCGUACAUCUAUGAUGGUGUGGCUGAUACAUAAGUGCCUUUGUUUUAUGUUUUUCAUUGUGUUACACUUUUUUAAAUAAAAAACAUCCUUUAGUCUCCAGUGAGAGUGAGAUAUCCUAUAAUCUAAAGAGAACAAUAAGAUAAUAAACUCAUUUAGAUAAUACUGUAAAUGUCUUAACUGGAGCUGUUAUGUGCCUGACAUCCCGAGAUGAUAUGAUAACACUGAAUAAAUGUCAUGUAUUGUCUUUUCAUGAAAAGUUAGUCCUCCAUUCUUACUCAGCUCAGCAGCAACACAGACCGUUACUCUAAAUGUAGAUGAUCAUUGUCCGUGGGAGAAGCGGCUAUGAAGAAGGUGUCAUCAGGAGUGGGCUGUCAGGCCGAUAUUUAUAGUGCUGAUUUAGUCUAAGGUGUCCCCAAGGAGUGUUUGUCCUUUCUGCUACUCAGGGAGACCUUAACUGUAAUGGUAUGAUUCAUCGCUGCUUUAAAAACUCCACUGCGCUGCAGCCUGUGUGCCGGUGGAUACUGUAUGAGUUGGCAUCUGAAACUGGCAAAGACAGACUGUACAGGAGGAUUACCUCUUAUUUAAUUCUGUCAGUUUUGAAGAUAUUCACUUCUACUCCACCAAGAUGUUUCAGGUCAAAGUCAUCCAGUAUAUUAACCAAGCUUACUGAGGCCGCCUUUUUAACUACUGACUCGAUAAAGCAAACCGUCUCUUCCUGAGUCUGAUACGAGAUCCUUCAUCAAAGAGGCGAACUCAGUCAGAGGGUCCACCUCAUUCAGCUCCGGAUGAUUCUGCAGUGAGAUCAAUGAAUGUGAGCAGAGAGCAGGAAAUCACUUUGGCUUAAUUCAAUUCUGUUUCCAGGGUCACAUAACAGAAGCAAAUUUUCUGACUGUGGUCAUUAUUUCCAUAUGAGACAAUCGCAGGCGCACACACUGGAGUAUUUACUUUCCGUUGCGUUGACGGUUCCUCAUGAAGAAUUUCUUGAUGAUGGUUCACAUCCCCAAACGACCGCAGGAGAAAGUGCCUGGAAUUGCAAUAUUUGCAGGGUGGGCCAUUCUUUAUUUAGUGCUGUAUUGAUUAAUCAAUCGAGAGUCAUUUGAAAGUCUGUUUGUAAUCCUGCUGAUAACAGGAAGUUGGUCUGAACGGCUUUCACCGGCUGCUGCUUGUUAUUGCCCAUCAGGGAAGUUGCUUGUCAUUUAAGGGAUGUUUGGGUUAUUUUACUGGCAGUGUUAUACAGUUGAGCUGGUCAAUUGUUAAUGACGUGUCGGUGAGGUUGUUGACUAGUGUAUUUUUGAGAGAGGAGGGCAGGUUUAUAGAUGUAGUCGAUAUGUGCCAAACCAUAGACUGUACAUGCUAUGGACAACUUGGUCCCACUUCCGUCAUUAUACCAAUUUGAAGUCGAAUUGCUCUCGGUACAUCCAGGAUUUUCUCCACUUCCUGGAAAUACCACUUGCACAGUCGCAUUGUGCGAACUCGGCAGAAGAGUCACUGUGAUGACACUCUGCCAAGGGUACAGAAUUGGGUAGGGACGCUAGGGACACGUCCCUCCCAAUAAUCAGCUGCUACAGUGAAGUACCUAUCAAAACAAUCGCUGUCCUUGGUGUUUAAUCAAUGAUUAUGGCACACAAAGGGUUAACAGUCUGUCUCUGUUAGACGUCCCGCCUCUGACCUAAAUAUCGCUCUUUGAUUAACUGUUGGUUUCUUGCUUAUGUACAUGUGAUUGGCUGUCCCCGCUGUCACUACACCUGGGUGUAAAAGUUACCUGCUAGUUGGACUGGACGGGAGGCAGACAGUGCAUGUUAUCUGCAACCGCUAAGUGUAAGUUGCCAACAUGUUUGGCAUAUUAUGCCUGGGUCACGUUAGCUGAAAGGGAUUUUAAUAUCAGCGGUGUCAUUUAUAUUCACAUUUGUGUUUGUGUUGGUUUGUGUCAAAAUGUCGAAAUCAAACCUACUCCCUUGUGCUCGGCUCAAACAGCGUAUCCCCCGGGUAAGCAACGCGAUCUUUGUACGCCCAUAGGCUGUAUCAGGUGUCAAUCAUAGAAAACAUGAACCCAUAAUAACUUUUAAAAACGGAGCUGUAGAGAAAAAAGAGGACUUGAGCACAAAUCAGUCUUACUGUAACUACAUGUCAAAAUUGCAACCAGGGGGGAGAAAAAUUUAUAUUCUGUGUAAUAAAUUUCUAAAGUUUGUCCACAGCUCCAUAGGGAUUGCUGGAGGAGGCGGGGUUUAUGACCUAUACUGCAGCCAGUCACCCGAGGCUUCACCCAGAGAGGAGGCAUACGGCGUCCAUUCUAUAUACAGUCUAUGUGCCAAACUUACAUGAUAUUUUUUACAAUACGUAUUUUCAGCACAAUAUACAACAUAAACAAGUGAAAGAGACAGAACAACAUGACACUAUAGAAUUUUUAAUCUAUAGAUUGAACAAGCUGUUGUCUCCUCUUUGUUAAGUGCUCAACAAGCUGAGGUCAGGUGUCGUAAAUAACCUGCAGCAUGCUGUCUUGAUGGUUGCAGCGUCCCAACAUACAUAAAGGCUGUGAGUGGUUUCCAGAGGUGCUUAUUCUUAGUUAUGGGUUUUCACCAUAAAGAGGCAACAACUACAGAAGCUUAAUGAACAACACAAACAUACUACCCACUCUUACAUAAUCUAUAUACAUAAAUAGCUGCAUUGUGCAUUAAAGGAGCUUAAUAAAGGGAACUGCAGCUAGAUUUCUGCUCAGUGUUCUUAUGAUUGCACAAAUAGGUCAAACAACAGAAAAAGUUUCUGUGCACAGAGAAAUCAGGUGUUGGAUAAAUCAUUAUAAGCUGCUGCAUUAGGAUCAUGCAGGUGAUCCGUAUUUGUUCCCAGACAUUUCUCUGCUGUCAAAGUAUGAUCCCAUGACUCCCAGAGUUCCCCCAAGUGGGACAGCGGUCUGAUAUCUCACCUGUCCCUGUCUGACCCAGCUGCCCUUCCACUACGGAGGCGUCACUUUGAUUUACAGACCCACCCGCAGAAAGACGAGCACAGUCAGGAGAAGCUAAUGGGGUGGAAAUGCUGAAGGAGCAGCAGGAAUCUGAAUGGGGUUGUAGGUCUGAAAAUGUGCUUUCAUAGAGGGGGAGAGUAAAAACAUGUAGCCCUGUUGUUUUCAUUGACGGACUGUUGACAUGACAGGAGAAUCCUCUCUUUUUAUCAGAGCAAAUGUAUCUUCUGUUUUCUCCUGCGGAUUAGCUCUGACACAGCACUAUUUUUUUGGUUUCCUGCUAGGAGGCAGACAGCUGGGAAAUCAUUGAGGGGCUGAAAAUCGGUCAAAGCAACGUCCAAAGGCCUGAUAAGCAUGAGGGGUUCAUGUUGAAGAAGCGGAAAUGGCCUCUGAAAGGCUGGCACAAGGUAAGAUACAUGGUCGAAGUGAUACACACACAAGCUUUUGCAGCUGCAGCAACAUUUCAAACACAUCGACUUCAUGGAUGUUUGGCAGUUUUCUGUCAAGGGAAGUGCUGUUGCUUGAAAGAUAAGAUUUUUUUUCAUGCAUUCAGUUCAUCUUUUUCUUGGCAGAUAAACUGGGUUUUUCCCUUUAAAGACAUCAUCUCCUAUUUGAUUCUAGUGGAAACCAGUCUCUGAUUUUAGCCUGACACCACAGAUCACACAAUAACCAAGCUUUGCAUUUACAUUCCAUCCACAUAUAAGUGGGUCCAAUGUGAUUUGUAUUUAAUGUCAGCCCUUCCUUAUUAAAGUAAUAUAUUGUUUUUUUUCUGUCCUCUGCAGCGUUUUUUCGUUUUGGACAAUGGUAUCCUGAAGUACUCAAAGUCCCCUAUUGAUGUAAGUAACCCUGACUGUAACCACAGGCAGAAACAGGGCAGCCCUGCCUGACAUCAGCUCGGCUCAGCAAUGAGUCAGCAGAAACAUCUGCAACCCGGGUCAGGAUGCUCAGUGUUUUACAGCACGCCAUGUCGCUUUGCUGCAACGCCAGAGUUUCACAGACAAGAUGAAAAACUGCAACAUGACACACUGUGGAUCCCAUGAUCAUACACACCAAAUUCACAAUCCCAAACUAAUAAUUGCUAAAGCUAAACAUGAUAAUUGCCAUUUUUUUUAGUUCUUUUGCUCUGUUAUUCCUCAGAAUAGUAGAGAAUGAGUCUAUUAAAAGACAGGGUGAUACCAAAAAUUCAUCAAAAGCUUAAAAAGGCAUUUUUUUUCCAACCACAAUGAAUAAUGUUGAAUCAAAUACAAAAGAAAGCAGCAGCACUGGGCUUCAGCUGAGGUGUUAUCACGUCUACUUCAAAACAAUCUCACUCCCAGUCUUUAUCCUGUCACAUAAACAUCUUUACUCCCCACAAACUUGUUUGUUUAGAUUUUACUUCCCUCUGUAUUCUGAGGCAGCUGUGGCUCAGAGGUAGAGCUAAUUGUCCUAGUAGUCCUCAUGCUGGAGUGUCUUCGGGCAAGACACUUGACCUCAAACUGGUGUGUGAAUAGAAUCAGUUGAUAGCGAUUCAUUUCACACGGACGCUUUUGCGCCUAUAACAAAAACCCACUCCUUAUAGAAAAGUUAUUGCAUGGUGCAGAGUCACAUUUAAUAUUUGGUUAAUUCAGGAAGAAAGAUGAAUGUUUUACCUUUUCUUUUACUCAAACUUUCAUUGAGCUUUUUUGAUAUAUUUUGAAUAGUGUUGUCCAUUUAAGUAUUAUUUAACACAGCACCCCCACAUGCUGUUGAAUGAUAACUUACACUUUAAAAGCUCCUUGAUGCCUCAGCUGGUCAGUCAAAAUUAUAUGAAACAGUGAAAAAAGUAGUUUGAGUUCGAGGUACCACCUUUGAGCUAAGCAUACAGGUGCAGUGGGUGACCACUUAACAAAAGCAUAUGUAGGAGUGUGCGGAUCACCUUAUAUUAACCAGUGAAACUCUGUGAAGCUCUCUCCUACAUGUAAGUUGUAAUUUUAGUCCACAGAGGUUUAAGUAGGCAGAAUUUCUUUAAAGUACAAUUCUAAAAUUAAAAAUCAUUUAGAAAAUCUAAUUUCUUUAAUUUGAUUCCCAAAUCAAGACAAUGGUUUAAAUUACUUCACAUUGUGAUUAUGGACAUAAAACUUUGUUCUGAAAUGGAAAAUAUUUUUUUUUGUAAAAACUUUAGCUUUGUGAGUUAAAGCUUGUAAAAGCUUUAACUCACUCAAUUAAUCUGACUAAUUCAGUUUUUCUGUAUCUAUUUAAAACUUAAAUGUGGUGAAACAUUUUUUAAAUUAGUUUCAAAUUGGCUCAGUUACUCAAUAUUUCCAAGUACACUUUGGUUUCUGAAGUAGAGGCUUGUAGUGUGCAAUCACUGGUGCAAACGUUUUGAUUGUUACUAAAGUUGGUUAAAUUGAGGUCGAUUCGUGAUCCGUCCCUUUAGCCCAAGCUGUCUAUCUAAAUGUAUUGUCGUACUUCACAAAGGCUGAAACAGUUUUGAACUAAAAGUUUACAAAUGAUUCGACUUACUGUUAACUUUGCUUUUAAUAAUGGAAAAUCUCUGUCUGUCACUGGUAUCAGAUCCAAAAAGGCAAACUCCACGGUAGCAUUGAUGUGGGCCUCUCAGUCAUGUCCAUCAAAAAGAGGGCACGUCGCAUCGACCUGGACACUGAGGAGCACAUCUAUCACCUGAAGGUAACACUCAGAGGGGAGAGGUAACAAGGUCAUCAAAUCAAUGAUAAGUAGAAGAAGAAGUCAUGACCUGGACGCAUGUAUGUCGUCUUUCUCUUCAGGUCAAAUCUCAAGAUAUCUUCGAUGCCUGGGUUUGCAAGUUGCGCCAUCACCGGCUAUACCGACAGAACGAGAUUGUGCGAUCACCCCGGGAGGCCACCAUGCGUACAUUUCCUCCUCCAACUGCGAUGGAUUCCCCCCAACCGGCCUCGAGUGUGGUGCGUGAAGCAAAAGUGAGUCCUUGGAUGAAAAAAUAAUAUUUACACAAGGUUUCCAGAGUCCUAAAUUAUGUUUGUGGAUGUCCCGUUUUGUCCAAGAAAUCAUCCAAGACCAGAAUAAGUUUAAUUCUUAACCAUAUAAAUCAGAGGGCAGCUUCAUAUCCUGACUGUUAAGGCGCUUGAGUAAGACACUAUUUGAGAUUUGCUACGGUAAAAUGUUGUAAAUUAUUGAUUUUUUAAAAUCAUCAAUAGUUAAUGAUCUUUACAGAGACUGGCCAAAAGCCUUCAAUGUUACAUCACAGAUUUGAUCUUAUUACACACUUUUCGAAUCAAAGUGACCUGACAGUCAAGUGUGAGAGUCCUCACUCUGUGAUCCGAGCUGAGCGCAGUUACUUAUUCAGGGAGAGCGUAUCAUGGAGAAAGAGUGAAUGUAUAAGCACCAGUUUCUUUUUGGUUACACAAAGCCUGGUUGAGAAAGUCACUGGACUUCAUGAGGAUAUUCUGCAGUCAGCCAACAGUUCCUUACAAAUACUGCAAAUGCUCGUACUGAAGGUGGUGUUUCAUGUAUGUAAGCCUCUGUUCGCAGUUUUACUGAUGAGCUAUUUUUGUCCACCCAUGAAGUGUGGAAACUAAAGGUUUUAUAUGUCAGUACUGUGACCAGCUUACAUUGAACCUCUGGUACAUGCCGCUGACAUGUCUGAGCAGAGUGUAAGUGUGAAAAUGCCGCCGUGGCGCUCCGGGGACUGCGGCUCUGUGCUUCAUGGAGACUAUUAUAGAUAAUCUGGCUGCGGUGUGAUGAGCUCUCCCAGAAGAAAAGUCUAAAUGAGACACUUCUAUCAUGGAGUCAGACAAAACUGUCACAUCGGGAACCGAGGACUGCCAAGGUGCUUUGGAAAUACUUAAGACAGCUUCAGCGUGGCAGUUUUUUUUCCCCUGAGCACGCUGUUAAAAGAAAAUGACGCAGCAUGUGACUGUUUUUAUGAUUUUCAUUUUAUCCAGCCAGCUAAAUCAGAAAGUGCCUUUUCUGACAUUUUGAAAAUCAUAUUCUCGACAAAUGUUCCUGCUCCAUGACGUGACUAAGUCAUAGGUAAAGAAGACUCAAACAGGGACUGGUUUAAAUAACAGUGAUGUUUCAUGUUAAAUCAGGUAAGAGAUUUGCUGCUUUACAAAGAGACAUAAAAAAAGAAUUAGAAAAUCCCAAAUCAGAGUAUUGGGAAUCAUGAUUGACAUUUUUCACUCUGGGUGGUGCUUGUUAUAGUUUAUAUAGUUUAUACAGAGCAAAUAAGUACACCCCUUCAGAGUUGUCAGAAAACCUUUAGUUUCCUUUCAAAAUCAACAUUUUCUACAGACUAUACAGCAAAAUACUCCCCCAAAUGUAGGCCAUUGAUUGCAAACAAGAUUUUUUAAGUUGCAUACAAAAAAAGCUAAAUUUUAGUGACCAUAUCACCCUUAUUUUCAUUUUAUGGUAAACAAAAUGUGACAUUAAACUCAGCUUUGUCAAAACUUUGGAAAUUGUACUUUUGCUCAUUUAGAUAUUGAGUAAUACUUUACUUUUAAUAGUGGGUUUACAAACACUGGCCAGUGUAUAUAUAACAUAUAUAGAAGUAAAUCAUCAGCCACAACUGUUAAUUUCCACCCAUUACCUGAAUAUUCCUGUCUUCACAUUGUAAGUGAAAACUGCUUCCCACGGGUGUAAUUCUGACGUGAAGUUUGAGACGGAACAACCAAAUUUCUCUGCAUGUCUGUUCCUGUUUCGCCCCACAGCAGACUAAACCGAGCAGUUUGCCGUGGCAGCCGGUGGCCCCCAGCAGCAGUAGCAACAACAGCCUCCCUGCCUCCUACAGUAAUGGACAGAGCAAGGUGGCUGCUUGGCUGCAGGAAUCAGAGGAGAUGGACAAGUGUGCUGAGGGUGUGUGCUAUUUUCUAUUUCUGUCCUGAUUAGAUCUGAUCUCACUCAAGAAAUGAAAUCAUGCCUGUGGCUCUACGAUAAGUCCUCUGAACCUCUAAAGGAGGGUUUAUAAUUAUUGUGUGACACAUUAAACUGGAUGUGUUUGUGAUCGUGUGGGCUGUGAAUUCGAUUUUUCAGAGCUCGCACGGUGCCAGACCAGCCUGACCGAGCUGAGCCGGUUGCUGCAGAGUCUGGAGAUUCUACAAAGGACCCAGUCAGCGCCCAACUUCACAGAUAUGCAGGUAGAAGAGAAACACAAACACACACAUGCGGGCACAACAGAGACACACGCAUGUACUGAUAUGAGGAGCAGGGGAAGACAUUUAAUUAGGGCUUCAUUUUAAAGAUGCGUGUGUUUGUGUGGAGCUGCACAGGAGUCUGUAGAGCUCAGGUAAUGAUGCAGGUGCAUGAGUCUUUGAAAAGGUAGUCAGUUAUUAUUUAGUCUGGCUGACAGAUUUCGGUCACGCACACACACACACACAGCAUCUGCAAGCUUUCGUAUUAAAACAACAAACAUCCAGUUUGCUUCAGUGUUUUAUUUGCGACCCAUUCGUGGCGAUGUUGUCUUUUUUUGCCAUUUCACUGCUGUGGAUCUGUGUGCUAACUUUUGCUUUAAAUGUGGUGUGCUUUGUCCUUUGAACCAUGCUUUGCAUUGUUGGAUCCAUGCGUGCUGCAAAGACCAAUUGUGUAGAAUUGUCAAAGAAAGAAAAGCGCUUGAACAGAAGAUGGAGAACAAAAAGUGUCGGCAAAGACGCAAAAUUUCAGCUUCAGGUACAUACUUUUUUUACUUCUGCCCAGCAACUAUGGCACACACACACACACACACACACACACACACACACGAUUUCUGAUGUUAUCUGAAUUUUAAGAUGCUAAAUUAAAAGCCACAAUAAAAAGCAAGUCAUCUAGUUCAUCGAAACAUAAAGUUAAAUCACUGUUUUUAUGGUUCGUUUUAUGUUAUAGCAUGACACGGUUCAUGUGUUCUGGAGAUUUAACAGCGUUUGUUUUAUUUUAAGCUUUUUAAAUCUAGAAGACAAAAUAAAUAAGAUGCAAAGCAGCAACAGAUAUAUAAGUGAAAGUCACAGAUUUAAUACCUGCAUGUAUAGCUAAAAGUUUUGUCAGAUAAAUCCAGUAUUAACUGACUUCACUGCUCUGUUCACAUUUUGUAAGGAGGAUUAUUACUGCACACAUCCAGAGUGAUACCAAAUUAUUCUUGCUCUUUCUAUGGCUGUCUACUUUUCACUUUUUGUGUACUGUUUCAUGGAUUCACUUGUAAUAAUCUCUUUUUGUUGUGAAAUGUGUUUAUUUGUGCUUCUUGUGUAAAGACUAAAUGUGCUUGCGUUCACUGUUUUGGUUGCACACAAUGUAAAUAGUCCUCAGGGGUCUACUUUAGAGGUUUGAGAUGUCAGUCAAGCUAAUUAAACCAAGAAAUCUCCAGAACAAAGAGCACAAUAUAGUCGAUCAGACUUAGCAGAGCUUUUUCAGUCUCAAAUUCUUGCUAUCCAUAACUGGCUCUGGCUCUGGUUCUGGGACUUUCAUUAUAUUGUUUCGUCUCCGAGCAGGUUGACACCUGUCCUCUGUGUUCAUCGCCCCUUUAGGUCCCUCUGUCUGCCAGCAUGUCCCCUGUCCGCCUCCACUCAUCCAACCCAAACCUCUGUGCCGAGCUGGUCGACUUCCAGCCUCCUGUUUCCCGGCUGACAGACAGCGUGGAGUGUGCCAGUGAUUACAUUAAACUUCAGGAGGAUUUCUGUACCAUUGCACAGAAAGGUAGGCAGGCUGAACUCUCAGCUGGUUCUGAUAGCCACAGACAUCAAAACCUCAGUAUUGAAUGUGGAGCAAAGACAACAUAUGAAAUAUUAAGACUGAAACGUUUUUAUUGUUUCAUGAAAAAAAAAAAAAACUUUUGGAGGAGAGGAGAAGAGUUUCUUUUAUUUUUCUUAAGUGAAUCCCUUUCUUGCCUAAUAUUGAAUCUCAGCUGCUUAACACUUUGAUGUUUCCUUUUCCGUUUCAUGAUGCACCAAAUGUUUUUUAAUGGGUAACAAGCAGGAACUGCAGGCAGGCCAGUUUAGCACCUCACAGGAGAUAAUGAGGUGAACGAAAGGUGUGAGCUUCAUGUGUCAAACUACAACUGAUAAACAUAUUUCAGGAUGAGGUUCAUCCCUGCGAAUAAUCAGUUUACUUCUAAACUUAAUUUAAGACUCUUUAAAGGAAGUUUUCUCUCAGAUCAAUCUACUUCUUAUGAAGGGUUUACUGAUAUCCUUCAUUGAGUUAUAGAAGCAGCUCCAGCGUCUUAAAUGAAAGGGUUACUCUCUUUCAUAGUUUAGUGUUUUAUUUAACUGAAGACGGACUCGGGUUUUGAUAUUUUGCAGGACUCAAAAUGAGGUCACACUGUGCUAUUCUGUCUUAAGUACUUUUCUCAGUUUGGAAGAAAUUCAUAAACAUUAAACUUAACUGCAAAAAUGAGCUUGUAGAUAAAAAAGAAAACUGAGAAAAAUGCAAAUGAGAAUAAGAAGUCGACUCAUCUAUCAAACUCUUUUAAUUUGGCUCGCUGAAGCAAACCCAAAGCACCGCAGUGUUCACUCUGUAAGUGUUUGUAAAUGUAAUGGUGCAAUAAAAAAUCAUGUUAUUAUUAAUUGGAGACAUUUUGGGGCACUUCAGUGUAAUUUAAACCAAAGAUGAGAGGAAACUAAAACCAAUCAGACGAAGCACAGAAAAGUACUUUUUUGCUCUCAGUGUCAAAGUUUUAAGAAUCACAUUUUCUACUUUCCUCCAAAGGUGGUAACAAAGACCCUCAUUUGUAGAGCAUAAAGGAGUUUGAAUAUCUUCUGUUGUGUCUCUUUGUAGUCCACUCUCUGCUGAAGUCGGCUUUCAACACGGUGGCCAUUGAGAAGGAAAAGAUUAAACAGAUCCUGUCGGACCAGGAGCAGACAGACAAGUCAGCACAGGUCAACUCUCUCAGGAAGUCUCUGUCACAGGUGAUGAGCCGCUUUCACUAAUUAACCAUGUGUAACUCUCUUUCUUACUUUCUCUUUGUUUGUCAGACCUGUUCGGUUACAUUAUAUUUGUAAUUCCAACAUGAUUCCAACAUUACUGAGGAAAUUACUGCCGCCGGUUUAGCAACGUGUCUUUAAAGACGGACCGAUUUUGUAGUUGUCGUGUUGUAAGACAUGCUCAUGAUGACGGCCUGUCAGAUAAAACACACAUGCCGCAGUUUAUGUCGUGCAGCCAUGCUAAUCCUGAUUAGAGAAUAUGAUGUGUGGAGAUGUGGGUGCAGGCUAGCGAGUAGUGAAAGUUCAAUCAUCUUUUCCUAUAUUAAUUGGCUGAGAGAGAAAUGUGCCGUGCAGUUCAUUAACUCGGCUCCUUAGGGCUGUCUCUCUACUCCAGUGGUUUAAUUGGACUGUUCCUCUGCUAACAGUUGACAUCAUUUCAGUAAAACGUUGCUGCUGCUUUAUCUCUGCUUUGUCCCUAAUUGGAGGCUUGUGUGACAAUGUUGUCGCAGGCUGGAGGUCAGGCUUUAAUGGCGAGGCUCUGUGGGAUGUCUACAGGCUUAAGUGAUUGUUAUUACAGAGGCAGCUGCUUUUGUCAGUUAUUCAAAUUUCUGUUGGGACAAGUUUUUUUUUCCAUAAUUUUGUCUUUUUUAAAUGUUUCUCAUCCAUGUUUUUGACAGUUUAAAGCUCAUGUGUGGAGUUUAAAGCUGACAUUCAAACAGACUCAAACAGAUUUAUAACCUUAAAGAAGACAAAGAGGGAUUUAUUUUCUUCAGAAAACUACCUACACAUUAUUAGGACAAGAUCGGCUUCUUGCUUUGUCCAGAGGGGGCGCCAAAAUCAAUGCAAACCAAAUGCUCCUCGCUGGAGUUUUAUGUUUUAUAUAUUAACAAAGACAGUAAUCUAGAGGGAUUCAUCACAGUCUGUGUGAAGUUUCAGCUUUUUGUCUUCCUGUUUUUUUUUUUUUUUUGGCUGCUGCAGGCCACUGUAGACAGAAAAAACACAGAUGAACCACUGUCUGCAAAAAGACCCUUUAAGCAUUGUUUUUCUUCUCAUUAAUAUUUGUUUUAAUAUAUUAGUUUGUUGUUUUGUUUUUGUUGUGAUUAUUCUUAUUAUUAUUAUUAUUAUUAACUUGAAGCAGGUAAAAUAAUUAUUGAUGAUUCGUGCAGGGGUAAAGGGGUGGGACUAGAUAAGUUUCGACUUCCUUCCACUCCACAUUGAACAUGCAAAUGACAAACUUAUUUGACUCUCUAGAUCUGUUCUUUUUCUGUUUUUUUUUUCAUGUUUAUUAGUGUUUAUAUCUUCAGUUUAUACUAUGUUUAAUUGUUCUCCAUGUUCAAAAUGAAUUAAAAAAACAAAACAAAUAAAAGCACAAACUGGAUCUCACAAGUAUUAUAAAACUGGACAUCUAUCUGAUCACUGAACUAGUCCAAAUAGUAAAUGGACUGAAUCUAUAGUGUGCUUUUCUAGUCCUUCAACCACUCUGCGCUUCUCCCCUUCACCCACUUUCACACACAAUGAUAGCACAGGCUCUUAAAUGAAACCUUAGUUUCUGAUGGAUGUAUUAUAGACUAUAUUUAAUAACUAGAUGCUGUCUCGUAGAAGCUGCAGCUAACUGUUGCUCAGAUUGAGGACUGUACCUACCUGUCACGAGUUUAAUCAUCACUGCAGGUACAGAGAGGAGAGAAUAAUGAUUAGAGCAGAACAAAAUCAGAGUUUAGAUCUAGACGUGAGUUUCAAAGUGUUUUCAGUGAAACAGUGGUGAGGUUUAGAGAUGAACCUGUGAGCGACAGUACGUGAAGAUUAGAUGAAAUAUUUUAAAGUGACAAGGCCACAACUUUUAUUACACAGGCGCUGUCCCAAAAUGCAGAACUUCGAAGCCGACUAAACCGCAUCCACUCUGAAUCCGUCCUGACUGAGCAGGUGGUCAGUGUUAACAUCAUCUCCACGCCUGAUGAGGUAGGUCACUGCGGUCAGUGUGUAACUAGCCAAACUCAUUUUUGACUCUGGUAUUGAUAAAACAACAAGGCUUCCAAAGCUGGCCGGUUUUAGCGUUUGUCAAUCUCAGUAUUGAUUCCUGUCCGUACACUCUGAUGGCCUCACCAGGGUGCUGUGGCAGGUGAGUUUAAAGGAUCAUUAUUCUGCGCACAAACUGACACUAAGGUUAAUUGGAAAAAAUGACUAAUUUGAAACGGAUGAGAGCUCGCCCUUUGGCAAGGAUACACAGGCUGCUAGAUUAACUCUGUUUGUAUUUGUUCAGGUCUGUUUGGGUUCUUGAACGUGUCAUCGUUGCAGCGAAGGAGCAAUGAACGUCUUGUGUGUUUCCAUGUGUUUGCCUUUAGGAAGGGGAACAGAUGGGGAUCCCUCUGACUCAGCAGGCCUCUAAUGAGAGCCGACUGUCCAUGUCGGAGUCUGUCUCGGAGUUCUUUGAUGCCCAGGAAGUGCUUCUGUCAGCCAGCUCGUCAGAAAACGAGGUACAACAGAGGGCAUUUGAGAAACAGCUUCUUAUAAAAAUGACAGCAGAGUGGAGUCUAGAGGAGCGAGGCGACGGAGGAAGUGGAUGAAGGAAGGAUAGGGUUGAACUAACCCUGCUGCUGCCGCUGCAAAGCUAGAUAAAAACAUCUCUGUGAUGGCUGUAUGUGUCAGCAGCUAAUGAGGACGGCAUGAAAAGCAGAGAUAGUGUAAAAUAAGAACUCGAACGCAGGAUGGCUCCUCUCCAAAAAGCUCCAAGGCUCACUUGCGUCUCCUCUCCUCCUCUGCCUGCUCCUCCUGAUUUGUAGCCUGUAGUCUGGUUAAAAAGGCACUUUGGUGCAUCACUUGAAACAAUCAGUCCUCCCUCCAUUUUUUCAAUCUCGCUCAAAAUAUAUGUGGCCUCUGAAGAGCCAUUAAGCAUUGUAGCUCCCCUGGCACACAUUGAGCCCCGUUGAAGGAUUACUCACCGAGGAAAUCCAUCAACCACCUGUACUCUAGCUCUAGCAGCAGGCCCAUUCAGACCCGUGUCACACUGUUAGUCAACACUUCACUCGCAGCAGGUGACUGCAACAAGGCUGCUAAUACAACACGCUACAAUAUGCUUCUCUGUGAAAGCACCGGGGGCCUCUUUGUGCUCCUUCUAAAUAUAAAGUAUGAAAAUGCUGCAGCGGUUUGUGCUGUGAUUACUGCAGCGGGACAGAUCGCAGACCGAUGCUGCAGUUUGUUAGCCACUGGCAAACUGCAGAAACCAUGUUUGUGUGUGUGUGUGCGUGUGUGUGUGAGAUUCUGAUCAGCGUCUGUGUUGAUUUUUGCUGCACUGACUCACCCGACUCUAUACCUGUUCCCCCCCCAUCCCUCCUUCCCCUCACAGGGCUCAGACGAUGAGUCAUACGUCAGCGAUGUGAGCGAUAACAUUUCCGAGGACAACGCCAGCGUGACCGAUAACGUCUCCAGACAAAGUAGGUCCAAUUCUGCACCAUCACGAGUCAAGCAUCCGUAGUUCCUUUGCUGUAAAAGAAAGGGAAAAAUUAAUGAAGUAAACGGGGUCCCACUCUGUGGAUGCCUCCUGUGAAACCCCCACAUAGGCACACUAGUACAGUUCUCACUGGCUCAUUUAUCAGUGGGGCUGAGGCGGUUGACAUUGCAGGGUUGCUCUGUGCCAAAGGCUUCUCCCUAACUUUAUGAAAGCUAUCUGUGCGAGGACGAAUGGGAUCCCCCUCUUCCAUCUUUGUCACCAACCGCACGGACUAAUACACAGCCAUAUCUCACAGGGACGAAAAAACAACAUCUGACUUCUGCAGUUUGAAAAAUCUCCCAUUGAUGAUAUAAUUUUGUGUUUCUGAGAAUAAACUCACUUCAUCAUCUGGUUAGAGAAGUGCAGUACUUCUGUGACGAGGAGUCUGCUCUGAUUUUUGGUUUAAUAUUCUUUGUUGCAUCAGCGCCAGUCUGCUCUCACGAUAUUGUUUACAGUUAAGUUAAUCACUGUUUUACAGUCUCGCCUUUCAGGAUUGUAACAUCAGCUGUUAUAAUUUACAAAUGCAUGUGUUAAGUGUUCACCUUGGAGCAGAAGAAGAAGGAAGAAUAGAAAGUAAAUAAAACAAAGUGUAAGCUCAUGGUGGCAGGAAAUGAAAAAAUCAUAUUAUUUUCUAGGGCUGUGAUCAACCAAAGAAAUUCUUGGUCGACUAAAACCCUGAAAUUUUCGACCAAAAGUUGACUGAAAUCAAACACCCCCCAUGCUGCUUGGCAGAGCGCGGCUCAGCAGGGUAAAAAUAUACAGAUAUCAGCAAAAGAAGGCAAUUAAACACAAAAGGCAAGUUGAAACGCUCAAAAUAAAAAUAAAUAUUCUGCAAACCACCGGACAUUGAUUAACGUGAAUGCUCUUCAAUCUUCCUGUCUCCAGUUGUGUUUCUCCAGUGGGUUGGGUUCAUCCAAAUUGGUGAAAACAAGGAAGGUGUUCUGAGACAGGCUGAUACCUGCGAAACAGGGGUGCUCUGAAAACACCCCCAUUAGCACUUGGUUCGCCCCCCUGAUGAAAUUAACCUUAAAUUGUAAAUUGACGUGGAAAAAAAUUGAGUCGACCAAUCAGAAUUUUGGUCGACUCAGCACUUAUCGACCAAUUGGUUGGCUCGGACUUUACAGCCCUGUUAUUUUCUAACUUAUCUCCUCUAUUGAUUGAGUCUUUGGUGUUUAAAAUCAUCAGUCCACUUGAUAUAACCCUUUUUUUCUACUUUCACUUUUGUCUAACUUAAAAAUGCUGAAUGUGAACAGCAAUUUAGACAUUUCUACUUUUAAAAAACGUCAUAAAAUAUCUGUAAAAAUAAAGGUGCAGGCAGUUGAAAAAAGAAACAUAUACCAUGUACUAUUUAGUCUAAGUAAUCAGACUUUAAUGUUGUGUACCCCGCAGUAACAGCUUGAUGUGUGUCACAAGUUAAUUUACCACGACACAGCCAAAGGACGUCAUCACAGUUUAUACAAACUAAUGAAAAUGAAUCUAAUUCAAUGAAGAAACUCUGAAUAAUCAAAGAGACACUGCUGCAUCACUGCUUCUCCUGACUUUCAGACUCUGAAAGUUUGGUCCUGGAUUGAUGAGUAACUUUGAAUUUCUCUCCACGAAAGACUUUAUUGCAGCAGACUGAUAACCAGAAGGGACAGAUUAUCUGCAGAGAUUGUGUCAAGGCACUAAAUUAUUAGAGCUUAAUCAAACGCUGCUCUUGAAUCUCAUCUUAAAAUGUCUCAUCAGACGGGGCAUCCUCAUCUGACUCAAAGUGCCUCUUCAUUUCUUGAUUAUUAAUAUAAACAUUUUUAGGGACAAUACUCUCAUUUGGGAGCCUCAGAUCAUUAAGUGCUAAGUUUGGAUUGCUCAUAAGGAGAUCUUUUCCUUCCAGUGGCAAAUGGAGACUUUGCUGGCAGCGCUUUCCGUAACGGGCGGCGCACCUGCCUGCCGGCCCCGUGUCCCGACACCAGCAACAUCAACCUCUGGAACAUCCUGAGAAACAACAUCGGCAAGGACCUGUCCAAAGUGUCCAUGCCUGUAGAGCUCAACGAGCCCCUCAACACGCUGCAGCGCAUGUGUGAGGAGCUGGAGUACAGCGAGCUGCUGGACAAAGCCGCAGAGACCGAGGACCCUUUUGAACGCAUGGUAACAAAGCCGUCAGACACAAACACGUUGUCAUAUCAGGUUUAUCAGGUUAGAUCUACGUAUCAUUCUGCAGCCACGGCCCCUUUAUCAUUGUUAUAAAGAGAUCUGGUGAGAUUUUCCAGGGUGGCUUUACUAUUUGAAACCCCUUCUUGUAUUUUUUCGUCCAUCUUUGUUAAUGUACAAGUUGACAUUGCCCGUCACAAGCCCACAUAAAUAGUCUCACUCAGAGGCAGUGUCUGUGACGCUCCAAUGCAGCCGUCGACCUUGAAUCCUCCUAUUUUUAUCCGUCUCCUUUUCCUCUUUGAUUGUGUCGAAUGCAUACUAAUGUUUGGCUUAUGUCUGACAGAGCCGGCUGCUGAUAUGAACCCCUUAAUCCCUCCACUUUAUGUCUGCUUUGUUGUUUUGACUCCCUGACAGGUUCUCGUCGCCGCUUUCGCCGUCUCAGGCUACUCGUCGACAUACUACAGAGCAGGAAGUAAGCCAUUCAACCCGCUUCUAGGAGAGACUUAUGAAUGUAUUCGGGAGGACAAGGGCUUCUGCUUUUUCUCAGAGCAGGUAAAUCUGCACCGACCGGAGUUAAUACAAUUGAAACAGAUGCAUCAUGGGGGAUAUUAAGUUGUUUGCUCGCUUUCUAAGGUGCUUAGAAAAUCUGCUGCAGUUUAAUUUUUAAGGCGAGACAAUAUUGUUUGCAUAAAACGAUCGUUUUAAAUGUGAUUCACUUCACUGAGGACUGAUUUGAUUGUAUUUUUUUACAGUAUUAAAGUCUACUGACACAACAAACAGCUGAUCAGGGGAUUUUACAACCAGACAAAGAAUACAGGGAGUUUCUUUGUAGACGAGUAUCAGCACUAUGCAAACUUAGAGACUGCGUUAACUUUAUCUUAGUUCAUCAUUUAAAAAUCACAAGUAUUGACGUGGUUGGACUGUUACAUCACUUUUCUACAAUCAAGUGCGCUCACACUCAGCAUCUCUACUCUAAGCAAGCGCUUCUGCACUCGGAUUUGCCCAAACAAAUCACUGCACAAGGACACGAAUUUGCAUCAAAUUUGUGCAGCUUCUGCUCACAUUUCACUGAACUCUUAACAGAUGACGUCUUCAGUAUUCGAAGAUACAAAAACGAAGACUGUGAAAAAAACGAUGUCUUAGAUUAUUGAGAACUUGCCCAAUUAUUUUCAUGAACGGUUGAUGAGAUGUUUGGUGGUUAAAACACCAAAAGAUGGGGAAAUAAUCAUAAGGCUGUACCCAUUAUGCCUCAUCUGCAAUGAGUAACGCACAGAGACUCAAUAGUGAGGCCAAGUCAUUCGCCUCUGAGGAUGUUAUAGAGGCAGAACUGGAGGACGUGAGGAUGUGGAAAGGCUAAGCUAGCAGAAUGGAGUAUAUGUGGCACUUCCAAAGGUCGUAGUUCUCCGAGAGUUCACAGAUGCACUGACUUUAAGUUAUAUUGUAGGGCUUUUAUGGAUUUAUUCAGAGACGGUAAGACAGGAGAAUGAAAUAGGAUACCAGGAGGCAGUAGCAUGUAGGAAAGAGGCCACAGUCUGGAAUCAGACCUGAGCUGCCUGCUUCAGGACUGCAGCCCCUGUACAUGAGGCAUACAGCUGUAACAUUAAGCCAAACCAGCACCUCAUAAAAAGACACUUUAUCAAAAUACAUUUUGCUCAUUUUAGCUCUCAAACACUUAGUGGCUUGUGUUUGAGACUGACUUGGGUGUAUGUGAUAGUUAAUUGCAGCAGCUGCCAGUUUACCGUUCUUGUUUGAUCCUCUCUCAAAGGUGAGCCACCACCCGCCCGUCUCUGCCUGCCACUGUGAGUCAAAGAACUUCACCUUCUGGCAAGGUGGGUUACAAACCUCAUUAGUGAGACCUCCAUCUCGGGGGAAUGAAGCAGAGUCUGUCAGGCUCAUUAAACCUCUGUCAUGAAAUUUAAUCUGAUUCAAAACAUCUUUUGAUUUUCUUCUUUUAAUAAAAACGAGGUGGUUCACUGUAAGUACUUUGUCGAUUUUAAUGUUUUUCACUCAUUUGCUUUUCAGAUGUGAGAUGGAAAAACAAGUUUUGGGGAAAAUCGAUGGAGAUUUUACCGAUUGGGACGGUUAAUCUCAUGAUUCCCAGGUAACUCUGAUGAUUUUGUAGGGAUUAAAUGGAGAUUUCUAUCCAAGAUGCUGCAUCUGUGUAAUAUUAAACACAUCAAAAUGUUCAGUUUAGCCCAGUAAAUAACAUUUGUGUUAACUUUUAGGUUGAAAUGAUGCUUUUAGGUAAAGCAGAGUUAUGGUGUUUACAGAAUCCACACUAUAGAGUAAAUCUGAAAUAUUCAUAAACAGUUUAAAUACUUCCUUUGAUUUGAACAAAGUAGUAAAUCAUAAUUCACUUGCCUGCUCAGUAAUUGCUAAUAUGUAAAUAUGUCACGCUCCCAUUUACCCAUGUGGACUGGAUCCUGACCCACCCAUAAACACAAACAAAGAGAUCAUUCAUGCAUUCAAUCAGAUUGAUUAAGAGUUGUUUUCUGUUUCCAGGUUUGGGGAUCACUACGAAUGGAACAAAGUCACCACAUGUGUGCACAACAUCCUCAGCGGACGACGGUGGAUCGAACAUUACGGAGAGAUCACCAUCCGAAACACCAAGAGCAGCGCCUGCCUCUGCAAACUCACCUUCAUCAAGGUAGAGCGACCUCAUCACAGUCAUUCAUCGCCCUGCUGAGGCUGAGGCUAAAUGUUCACUUAUGGGUAACCACAAGCUGUUUGUCUUCAAGGGGAACUACUGGAGCUCUAAUGUGAACGAAGUCCAAGGGUUUGUGAUGGAUCAGGAGGGGAAAGUGAUCCACAGGCUUUUCGGGAAAUGGCACGAGGGUCUUUACUGUGGGGUCCCACCUUCUGCCAAAUGCGUCUGGAGGCCAGGUAGGCACCAGUUCUUCUUCCUCAGGAGCUCUGUGGAACAUUUAUUUCUCUUUGCACAUCAGCGGAUGAUAAAUGUUGAGAUUUUUAUCUUUCUGUUGAUGUUUCUCUCCUCUUUAGGCUCCAUGCCCACAGACUAUGAGCUCUACUAUGGCUUCACCAGGUUUGCCAUUGAACUGAAUGAGCUUUGUCCCGAGCUGAAAGACGUCCUGCCUCGCACAGAUGCCAGAUUCAGACCUGAUCAAAGGUAGAGCACCAGCAGGAUCAGAUUGGACUGAUUCCUCAAAUGAAAUAGACCAACAGCAGUCUGUUGAUUUAAACGCUUUCAUUUAUCAGCGUGCAGACUGAGUGAAUAUUUGAGAUCUGUCAUACAUGUGAUGUUGCUCUGCUCUGUUUAACUAUGAAGUGAAUAAACUGCGAUUUUUGGUCUACACAGGCAUCUAGAGGAGGGGAACUUGGAGAUGGCAGCGUCAGAGAAGCAGCGUAUUGAGGAUCUGCAGAGGACCAGGAGGAAGUGGAGAGAGGAGAAUGAAAUCAAACUGGAGCCUCGCUUCUUUAAGUAAGCAGACCAACAAUCGACCUGAUGGAUGAAAGUCUGGCUUAAACUUGAUCUGGACUGGAUUCCUGUAAGGCCAUGGGAACACAUUUUUAGGGUUUAGAUGACAGGAGGUAGUAUAAAGAAGACAGAUGAGACCAGCUUUAUAUCAGGAGUACCCUGACACACCAUCUGUUAUUUUACUGUUACUGUUGGGGUUAGAUUGUAGGCAUGUUUAUCAACCCAGAAAACAUCCACUCUCUCACUCACAACUAUUGCUUUCUGUCUCCUCUUGCAGGAAAGUGGUUGAUGCCAAUCACCGGGAGAGAUGGGUCUCCAAUAACAUGUACUGGGAGCUCCGCAAAAACCCCGGCUUCAUCAACAUGGAACAGACAGCCAGCCUAUGGUAG